CCCGAGCGCGCGCAGGAGCCGCCGCCGCCGCCGCCCGCGUCUCCGUCGCCGCGCGCCUGAGCCGCCGCGGUCGCCGCCGCGCGCCCUGCCCGGGGGCGGCCCCCCCAGCCCCAUGGAGCUCUCCCGGAGGAAGGCAUCACCGCGCCCCCCGCGCCGCGCCGCGCCGCUGCCCCUGCUAGCCUAUCUGCUGGCGCUCGCGGCGCCCGGCCGGGGCGCGGACGAGCCCGUGUGGCGGUCGGAGCAAGCCAUCGGAGCCAUCGCGGCGAGCCGGGCGGACGGCGUGUUCGUGGCGAGCGGCAGCUGCCUGGACCAGCUGGACUACAGCCUGGAGCACCGGCUCUCGCGCCUGUACCGGGACCAAGCGGGGAACUGCACGGAGCCGGUCCCGCUGACGCCCCCCGCGCGGCCCCGGCCGGGGAGCAGCUUCAGCAAGCUGCUGCUGCCCUACCGCGAGGGGGCGGCCGGCCUCGGGGGGCUGCUGCUCACCGGCUGGACCUUCGACAGGGGCGCCUGCGAGGUGCGACCUCUGGGCAAUCUUAGCCGCAGCUCCCUGCGCAACGGCACCGAGGUGGUGUCGUGUCACCCGCAGGGCUCGACGGCCGGCGUCGUGUACCGCGCGGGCCCGCAGAACCGCUGGUACCUGGCAGUGGCCGCCACCUACGUGCUGCCCGAGCCCGAGACGGCGAGCCGCUGCAACCCCGCAGCGUCCGACCGCGGAAUGGCCAUCGCGCUCAAGGACACGGAGGGGCGCAGCCUGGCCACGCAGGAGCUGGGACGCCUCAGGCUGCGCGAGGGCGGGGGCAGCCUGCACUUCGUGGACGCCUUCCUCUGGAACGGCAGCGUCUACUUCCCUUACUACCCCUACAACUACACGAGCGGCGCCGCCACCGGCUGGCCCAGCAUGGCGCGCAUCGCCAAAAGCAACGAGGUGCUGUUCCAGGGCCAGGCGGCCCUCGACUGCGGCCACGGCCACCCCGACGGCCGCCGCCUGCUGCUCUCCUCCAGCCUGGUGGAGGCCCUGGACGUCUGGGCGGGCGUGUUCAGCGCGGCCACCGGAGAGGGCCAGGAGAGGCGCUCCCCCGCCACCACGGCACUCUGCCUCUUCAGGAUGCGUGAGAUCCAGGCGCGCACCAGAACCUGCAGCUGGGACUUCCAGGCCGAGAACCACUGCAAAGAAGGGGAUCAACCUGAAAGAGUCCAACCAAUCGCAUCAUCUACCUUGAUCCAUUCCGACCUGACAUCCGUUUAUGGCACCGUGGUAAUGAACAGGACUGUUUUAUUCUUGGGGACUGGAGAUGGCCAGUUACUUAAGGUUAUUCUUGGUGAGAAUUGGACUUCUAAUUGUCCAGAGGUUAUCUACGAAAUUAAAGAAGAAACACCUGUUUUCUACAAACUUGUUCCUCACCCUGAGAAGAAUAUCUACAUCUAUCUAACAGCCGGGAAAGAGGUGAGGAGAAUUCGUGUCGCGAACUGCAAUAAACAUAAAUCCUGUUCGGAGUGUUUAGCGGCCACAGAUCCUCACUGCGGUUGGUGCCAUUCGCUACAAAGGUGUACUUUUCAAGAAGAUUGUGUCCGUGUAGAGAGCUCUGAAAACUGGCUGGAUAUUUCAUCCGGAGCGAAACAGUGCCCUCAAAUUCACCUGUCUCGAAGCAGUAAAGAUAAGACGACAGUGACCGUGGUAGGAAGCUUCUCUCCCAGACGCUCAGAGUGCCUGGUGAAGACCGUGGACACCGGCAAGGUGCUCUGUAAGGGUAAAAGUGUAUCCAAUGAGACCUGCACCUGCAGCAUCCCGACCAGAGCAUCCUACAAAGAUGUUUCCAUCGUCACGAUGUUCUCCUUUGGUUCCUGGCAUUUGUCAAAAAGAUUCAGCUUUACCAACUGCUCGUCAUUGAGAGGAUGCCCGGUAUGUAUUGGAACUGGCUGCACUUGGUGUAAAAGUGAGAAAAAAUGUAUCCAUCCCUUCGUGGCUUGUGACCCUUCUGAUUACGAGAGAAACCAGGAACUCUGCCCAGUUGCUCUGGAGAAGUGGGCACGACCUAAGUCAGCGGGAGGAGGAAGAUUCAAGGAGAACCAGCGUAACCAAACUAACCAGGGCUUGCAGGUCUUCCGCAUUAGGUCCAUUGAGCCACAGAAAAUAUCGACUUUAGGGAAAAGCAACGUCAUCGUCACGGGAGAAAACUUUACCCGGGCAGCUAACAUCACAAUGAUCCUGAAAGGAACCAGUACUUGUGAUAAGGAUGUGAUACAGGUUAGCCAUGUGAUAAACGACACCCAUAUGAAUUUCUCUCUUCCAUCAAGCCGAAAAGAAAUGAAGGAUGUAUGUAUCCAGUUCGAUGGCGGGGACUGUUCUCCUGUGGGACCCCUGUCUUACAUCGCUCUGCCCCACUGUUCCCUCAUAUAUCCUGCGACCACCUGGCUCAGUGGCGGUCAACAUAUAACCAUCAUGGGCAGAAAUUUUGAUGUAAUUGACAGCUUAAUCAUUUUACCUGAACCGAAAGACAAAAACGAUGCAUACCAUCUGUGCUACCACGGAACUCCUGAGUCCGCAGACUGGCAGUGGAGUCUCUCCAGUUGUGGCACAGAGGGAAGCGGGCUGACCUUGAUGCGACGAGACCUGCCGCUUCCUCCCAGGAUCUCUGAAUAUUGCAUGGCAACUUACUGCAGAUUUUCAGCCCCCAAGUUAAAGAGUUUAAAAGGGCGCACCAAUGUCACCGUGAAGCUCCGAGUGCAGGAGACCUUCUUGGAUUGUGGAAGCUUGCAGUACCUUGACGACCCCAGAUUUACAGGGUACCGGGUUGAGCCUGAGGUGGACACAGAACUGGAAGUAAAAAUUCAAAAAGAAAAUGAUAACUUCAACAUUUCCAAGAAAGACAUUGAAAUCACUCUCUUCCAUGGAGAAAGCGAGACGUCAAAUUGCACUUUUGAAAAUAUUACUAGAAAUCAAGAUCUCACCACCAUCUUUUGCAAAAUUAAACACAUCACUUCUGCAAACAGCAUUGCCGCCUCUUCCAAGAAAGUUCGAGUCAUACUGGGAAACUUGAAGCUUGACGUCGAGCGGGAAUCCGUUCUCUCCACUUGGUAUUUUCUGAUUGCACUUCCCGUCUUGCUGGUGAUUGUCAUUUUUGCGGCCGUGGGGGUGACCAGGCACAAAUCGAAGGAACUGAGUCGCAAACAGAGCCAACAGCUGGAGCUCCUGGAGAGCGAGCUCCGGAAAGAGAUACGUGACGGCUUUGCUGAGCUGCAGAUGGAUAAAUUGGAUGUGGUUGAUAGUUUUGGAACUGUUCCCUUCCUUGACUACAAACAUUUCGCUCUGAGAACUUUCUUCCCCGAGUCAGGUGGCUUCACCCACAUCUUCACUGAAGAUAUGCAUAACAGAGAUGCCAGUGAUAAGAAUGAAAGCCUGACAGCUUUGGACGCCCUAAUUUGUAAUAAAAGUUUUCUUGUUACGGUCAUCCACACUCUGGAGAAGCAGAAGAACUUUUCUGUGAAGGACAGGUGUCUGUUUGCCUCCUUCUUGACCAUCGCCCUGCAAACCAAGCUGGUCUAUCUGACCAGCAUCCUGGAGGUGCUGACCAGGGACCUGAUGGAGCAGAGCAGUAACAUGCAGCCCAAACUCAUGCUAAGACGCACGGAGUCCGUGGUGGAAAAACUCCUCACAAACUGGAUGUCUGUCUGCCUUUCUGGUUUUCUGCGGGAGACUGUUGGAGAGCCAUUCUAUUUGCUGGUGACGACUCUGAAUCAGAAAAUAAACAAGGGUCCCGUUGAUGUCAUCACUUGCAAAGCCCUGUACACCCUUAAUGAGGACUGGCUGCUGUGGCAGGUUCCGGAAUUCAGUACUGUGGCAUUAACUGUCACCUUUGAAAAAAUCCCAGAAAACGAGAGCGCAGAUGUCUGUCGGAAUAUUUCAGUCAAUGUUCUUGAUUGUGAUACCAUAGGUCAAGCCAAAGAAAAGAUUUUCCAAGCAUUCCUGAGCAAAAAUGGCUCUCCUUAUGGACUUCAGCUGAAUGAAAUUGGUCUUGAGCUUCAGGUGGGCACACGACACAAAGAACUUCUGGAUAUUGACAGCUCCUCUGUGAUUCUCGAGGACGGAAUAACGAAGCUGAAUACCAUUGGCCACUACGAGAUCUCAAAUGGAUCCACUAUAAAGGUCUUCAAGAAGAUAGCGAAUUUCCCUUCCGAUGUGGAAUACUCAGAAGACCACUGCCAUUUGAUUUUACCAGAUUCGGAAGCAUUCCAAGAUGUGCAGGGAAAGAGACACCGAGGGAAGCACAAGUUCAAAGUAAAAGAAAUGUACCUGACAAAGCUGCUGUCCACCAAGGUGGCCAUUCACUCUGUGCUCGAAAAGCUUUUUAGAAGCAUUUGGAGUUUACCCAACAGCAGAGCCCCAUUUGCUAUAAAAUACUUUUUUGACUUUUUGGAUGCCCAGGCUGAAAACAAAAAAAUCACAGAUCCUGAUGUCGUACACAUUUGGAAAACAAACAGCCUCCCUCUUCGCUUCUGGGUGAACAUCCUGAAGAACCCUCAGUUUGUCUUUGACAUUAAGAAGACACCCCACAUCGAUGGCUGUUUGUCCGUCAUCGCCCAGGCCUUCAUGGACGCCUUUUCGCUCACGGAGCAGCAACUGGGGAAGGAAGCACCAACUAAUAAACUUCUCUAUGCCAAGGAUAUCCCAACCUACAAAGAGGAAGUGAAAUCUUAUUACAAAGCAAUCAGGGAUUUGCCUCCAUUGUCAUCUUCAGAGAUGGAAGAAUUCUUAACUCAGGAAUCUAAGAAACAUGAAAAUGAAUUUAAUGAAGAAGUGGCCUUGACAGAAAUCUACAAAUACAUCAUAAAAUAUUUUGAUGAGAUUCUAAAUAAACUAGAAAGAGAACGAGGGCUGGAAGAAGCUCAGAAACAACUCUUGCAUGUAAAAGUCUUAUUUGAGGAAAAGAAGAAAUGCAAGUGGAUGUGAGCACUCUGGGGCCUGGCUUAACGUGGCAAAGUUCUUCCGACGACUUGGGAGCAAAGUGGCUGAGCUUGAGCUACUCUGUGUCGUUCAUUUUUUAAGUUUGCACAUAGGUUCCACUCCGAGUACCGUCUUUUAAGAGACCAAGGCACAUGCACAGCUUUUAGAAAGCGUCCCAACCACUGUGCCUGUGUGGGUACUGUGGGAACCUUUCUGUAAAUAGGAUGGAAGUGGUUGUUGCAAACAGCCUCCUUGUUUACAGAGAAUACAGGGCCAGUAAGCAAGGGUCAGUAUUGUAACUACAUGUCUCCACUUAAGCACAAUGAUGUAAGUGGUUUUGUUUGAAAACUACAGCUAUGUAGCACUUGGGACGACACUGCACCUGUGCAGAAAAGGGACAUUGCCAAGGAGCAAAAACAAAAUGUGAAAUGAGUCAUUUGGAAACAAGGUGGGGGUGUGAGGGCAACCUCGAGGAUUUACGGCAGUGAAACUUUCCCCAGUAGUUCUUGGAAAAGCUGACCGCAGAAUUUGGUAGUAUGUACACUUAGCAUUUGUGAGUGUGUGUGUGUGUGUUUUUAAACCAAAAACUAACAGUGUUGCAACAUUGUUGAAAGGGCUCGUGUUUUUCAGUGGUCGCCCAUUGUACUCCAUGCCACUCACCUCCACUGCACUGAGGAGUUCUAAAGCAAGGAGAGGGAGCAGGCUCCGUUAGCUGCGACAGCAUUCUGCCCAGACACUUGAUCUCAAAGUAGCUUCCUUUUCUUUAUUUUUUCAUACUAAAUGUAUCUGAUAGUGGACAUGUUGGCUAUAGUUAAAAAAAAAAAAUCAUUAGUUUGUGUCUAAAAAUUUCAAUCAAAACUAUCUGUAGACGAGGAAUUAAUUCACUCCCCUCAUCCUACAUUUCUAUACUACUAGCUCCUUGCUUUAGAGUUCUAGUGAACCUUGUGGUUAUAAAUACUUGUGUGUGAUUUAAAAAAAAAAAAUACAUUUUACAUUUCAUGAAAUUGCUGUUCACACUGGAGUAUUAUAUAUGAAUAUAUAUAUAUUUGAGGCCCAUGGCCUGAAAAACCUUAGCAUACAACUUGGUAUCUUAGUCUUACUAUGUACUUUUUGAAAGUAUUCCUCACAAGAGAGAGAGUUACAAAAGACCUGUUUUAUUCAUGCCUUUUUUUAAAAGAAUUCCCUAUCUAGUUAUAUUGUAGUCUUUUUAUUGCUGAUUUUUUAUUCCUGAAUUUUUGCUGCUCAUGACCAAUGUUAAUACCACUGUGUUUUCCUUCUAUUAAACCAGAAGUUCAAAGUGUAAUUGGCAACUCUCAAACUUUCUUUGUGGCACCUUUUAUCCUUGGUGUUCCAAAUCCCAGAUUGAGAAAUUUUUUCAAGUGGCAAAUAAGACACGGAUCACACAUUCCUUAAAAUCAUUUACCAACACUGUAUGGCGUAUCAGGAUUAAAAUGCGAAGCUGUCUUAAAUCAAUGCACUUCUCUUGGCUCCUCACUGUCUGGUGAAGAGUCCAAGGUGACACCUCAACAAAUGAUGAGAGAAAAAUCAGCAUGUAUUGCCCCGAUAGCACCUUCCCAAUCCUGUCGCUUUUGACCAUUGUCUGUCCAAUGGACACACCUCAAAAAUACUACCAAAUAGGUUCCUUAUAACGGUGAGAGGUCUGGUCCCCAUCUGAGGCUGCUAGCGCCUUGAUGUGAAGGCAUGCCUAGCGAACGGCAGGAGACUUGAGAGCCAAGGGUAGGAGAGUUGCCCAAAAGCCUUCCCCUCUUUGGGGUACAGAAAUGCUCAGACAACUCAAAGGAUCAGCUUCAGCUUUAUCGAAGUCUUUAGUAAAUGCUACGUGAGGUGUCCCUGUCCAGCUCUCUGGCACGUGAGUCCUGCGUGGAGACUUACCUCCUUUUCCAGGGACUGUGCUGCUGGGAACUUUGGGCAAGUCACUUACCUCUUUGUGCCUCAAUUUCUGUAGACUAUUUCUAACCUACCUCACUGAGGUGGUGUGAAGAUUCACUAAUGUAUGUAGCGUGUUUGUCAAUCCACCAGUGAAAAGCACUAUCUAUCUGGAUCACAUUUUUGGAUCACAUCAGCCAAACACAGUAAAUGGCCAAAUUAGAUGCGUGCUGAAGACAAUCAGUCACUGGGUCUAUAUUAAACAGCAACCAGAGAAACAAAAUGGCAAACAGUUUCUAUUUUCAAGUUUCUUUGCAUAUUUUUUUGGUGCAAAAUCAUUUAUAAACUUUUUUUUUUCUAACACUAGUGUCUACAGCAGCAUUUCAAAAUAAAUUCUGUUACCUUUUUCUGUAUUAGGGAUUUAAAGUCUAUUUCUUAUUGUAUACCUGAUUGAAGCAGUUCUUGGAGAUGAAUGUUUUAAAUGUCUAUAUCCAAAAAUAAACAUUUUGAUGUAAA